AUUUUAGUAAUAUUAGUUCAGAUGAUUCAGAUUAUACACGUAGAAAAAAGAAAGGCAAAUCAGUUGUUGAUUCUGUUACUAAAAAUUUAAUAGCAGAAAAAGAAUCAGUAGAUCUUGAACAAGCUAUUAUUCAGUCAAAUUACGUAGAUUUAAGCAACAAGUCGCAAGAUCCAGAAGAAUUUUUGUCAGAAUCAGAAUUGUACGAAUCAGGUAUUGAGCUUGAUAUUUCUGAAGAUAAACUAAAAAAUACUAAGAAACGCAAGCAUAUAGAUGAUAAUAUUUCUAAAAAUUUUGAACAGAAAAACAAAGAUAAUCUAGAAUUUAAACGGUUAAAAAGAUUAUUUAAAGGAAAAGACACUCCAAAGGACAUGUUUGAUCCUUUGAAUGGGACCCCUAAAUCACUAGAUAUCAGUUCCCCUUUACAGAUUCAUCGCCUGAUUUUCCAAGAAAAAAGAGCCAACUCGAGUUACAGAGAAACUUUACCUGACAGCACAACUCAAAGAGCGAUACCAGCAACUCUUAUCAUCAUUUUUGGCAAGAAUCGCACUAGGAUACACAACUACGUUCUCAUUGGAUUUUUAAAGGAAAGUAAAAAAUUGACCAAUUCGCCCGUUCCUAUGCUAUAUGAAGAUGAGAGAACACAGAUACGCUUCUCCGAAUUCUUGUGA